AUGUGGAGUGCAGGGCUCUUAUCCUGCCCCCACCCCCCCACCCCGCCCCCCACCCCCAGACUGUCCCCCCCAAGCGGCACCACGUCGGCAGACUGGGUCCCAGCAAACUCCCCUGGGGGGAGCAGCGAGGCACUGAGUGAGCCACUGAGCGAGCCGCUCGACAAGCCCCUAGAGAACGAUGCAGAGGGAGUCUGGAGCCCCGACAUUGAGCAGAGCUUCCAUGAGGCGCUUUCCAUCUACCCACCCUGCGGACGACGCAAGAUCAUCCUUUCCGACGAGGGCAAGAUGUACGGUCGAAAUGAAUUGAUAGCCAGAUAUAUCAAGCUACGAACAGGGAAAACACGAACCAGAAAACAGGUAUCGAGCCACAUCCAGGUGCUUGCCCGACGAAAGGCACGAGAGAUCCAAGUGAAGCUGAAGGAUCAGGCAGCAAAGGAUAAGGCUCUCCAGUGCAUGGCCACCAUGUCCUCUGCCCAGAUCCUCUCUGCCAACGCCUUCCAGAGCAAGCUGGCACUACAGGCACUGCCCCGGCCUGCCUACCCUGCAGCCACCGGGUUUUGGCAUGCAGCUAUUCAAGGCCAACCUGUGCCCUCCCAUGAUGUGAAACCUUUCUCACAACAGACCUACAACAUUCAACCACCUGUCGCAUCUUCAAUCACAGGCUACGAGACUCCAGUGGGACUCACCACUUCCCCCUCAGCCCCUCCUUGGCUGGGCCGCAGCAUUGGCAGCUCCAAGUUCAGGAUGCUGGAAUUCUCAGCCUUCCUAGAACAGCAGAAGGAUCCUGAUACAUAUAACAAGCAUCUGUUUGUCCACAUCGGUCAGUCAAACCCCACGUUCAGUGACCCCUACCUGGAGGCAGUGGACAUCCGGCAGAUUUACGAUAAGUUUCCGGAGAAGAAGGGAGGCUUGAAGGACCUUUUCGAGAAAGGACCAGUCAAUGCAUUCUUCCUUGUCAAAUUUUGGGCGGAUCUGAACACGAACAUGCAGGAUGACAGCGGCUCUUUCUAUGGGGUCUCCAGUCAGUACGACAGCUUAGAGAACAUGAUCAUCACCUGCUCCACCAAAGUCUGCUCCUUCGGCAAGCAGGUGGUGGAGAAAGUGGAGACGGAGUAUGCUCGGUUUGAGAACGGGCACUAUGUGUUUCGAAUUCACCGCUCCCCUCUGUGUGAAUACAUGAUCAACUUCAUCCACAAACUCAAGCACCUCCCAGAGAAAUACAUGAUGAACAGCGUCUUGGAGAAUUUUACUAUUCUGCAGGUGGUAACAAACCGAGACACACAAGAGACACUGCUGUGCAUUGCUUAUGUUUUUGAGGUGUCCACCAGCGAACAUGGUGCCCAGCACCACAUCUAUAGACUGGUCAAGGACUAGGGGAUUGGGAGAUAAGACUGACCCCCUUCCAACUACUUCUACUACUGCUGCAACAAACACAACCUCCAGUCAAGAAUGAAUGUGUAUUAUUGGUACCUAAACUUUCCUGUAAACAAGACAAUUGAACAAUGCAAACAUUUAAAGAGGAUAACAAAAUGACUGACCUUUUUACGGUGAUUAAAAAAAAAAGACAAAGGAAUUGCAUGGACUGUUCUAUGAAUUUUCCAGUUUUUAUCUGUUAGUUUUUUUUUUCUAUUUUUGCAUGUGGAACUGAGAAAAAGGGUUGUGGUCCCCCCGCCCCACAAAAAUAAUACUGUUAACAAAUUGUUUUCUUGCAGUAUUAACCUAGUACAGAUAAUGAAUAUGAAGGUGUUUUUUGGUCAUCACAGUGAUGAUAGACAGAGCUCACUACAUAGUGCAUGGUGAGCUACAGAGAGGAGUCUCUGUCCAGAUAAAUUCCUUCAGUGUAUUUUGCUGGAUGGCCUACUGUAAGUGGAUUAUAGGUCAUAUAAAAGGAUACUACUUAAAGUGAUUGUAGCUAACGACAUAAUUCCAUAAACUUUUUUUUUCACUUCCAUUAGCUGCAAAGGCCUCAAAUGUGCACUUUUGAAAGAAACACAUGCUAGAGCAAACAUGCAUUUUCAUUUUAAAACAUGACAGCUGACACUACACACAGUGAAGGAAAGUUCUCCGGUUCUGUGACUUCCUCACAUGAAGCCUGGUAUUUGGGGUGAAAGCAUAGCUGAAUUGACCAAGGAAGUGCAAUGCUAUCUGAAAGCAUGGCUUGCAGACACAUUUUUUCAAGUUAAUGUAGAACCAAAUAUUAAGUUUUUAAUAAAAAUCCAGGAUAACUAUAACAUGUAUUUCUUUCAAAAUGGCACCUCUGGUGCCUAUAUAACACAUGGAAGUGCACAACAGGUAUGGUUUUUAAAUUACCAUAUUGAGGCCAGCGCAACUUUAAGUUUUUAUUAUUAUUAUUUUUUUUACCAAAAUUGAUGUUUGAACUUGGAUUGAGGGUUUUUCAGCGUGUCAGUUACGUGUCAAUUAUUGUGGCGCGCUCGAACAAGAGCUACUGUACACAGUGAUGCCCAAUACAGUAAUGACUCUUCAUGGAUACCAGUCGAACUUUAUGCUUUUGAAAGAAAAAUAAUGUUGCUUGCCGAAGAAAAGGGAAACCAUGCAGCAGAACGUGAAUUUGGGGCAUCAGAGACAUGUGUCAGAAGAUGGAGACGCGAAUGUGACAGAAAGUCAGGUUGGCCAAAUUAAACAAAAGAAGGACAAUAAAACUGACUGCCGUUCAAUACUGUAAGUACUGUACUGUACAUAUUUUAUUUUCCCAUUUGUAAUGUCGUUGGUGACUUCCUCUAAUGCAAUACCGUGUUCCAUGCUGGCAUCUAGAAAUUAAAAGGUUUAACUGUAAAUGAUUGUGUUUUUUCAUUGAAUUAAAUGCGACUUGAAUUCAGAGAUGACUUAAAUGUGAGUAAAAAGGUUUUUUAAACUACAACCCUUUUAACAAUGCUAAAUUAGUACUGCUAUACUACAGUAAUACAAUCUGU